AUGAUUUUCGCUUAUACAUAUACUGGCUCCUUUUAUUUCUGGAAAUUUAAUAAAGAAAAAGCUUAAUGGGAAAAUAUCCCUACUGUAACUGGACAUUUUAAUGAAGUUUAUGAUUUAGAUUGGAGUAGUAAAGGAAUUUUUUUGGGAUCAUGUGGACUCGAUUAAACUACUAGAAUAUACACUUAAAGUUUAGAACAAAAUACUUGGCAUGAAGUUUCAAGAGCUUAAAUUCAUGGAUAUGAUAUAAAUAGUUUAAAGUUUUAUCCUGUUAAUCUUAAAGAUAAGGAUAUUUGCGAUAAUUUGAUUUGCGGAGCAGAUGAAAAAGUUGUAAGAAUUUUCGAACCUCCUGCCGCUUUAGUAAAUGCAGUAAAUUAAAUGUCCAAUUAAAGCCUACAUUUAUAUUUUGAUAAUGAAGAAUAAGAAAAAUAAUAUUUUGAUAGUAAAUAAUUAGAAAAGGGUAUUAUUGAAUAUUAAGUUACUUUAGAAGGUGGAUAAUAAGUUUUAGGUUUAAUGACCAAAGCUUAAAGAAUAGCAUAAGAUUUUAAUCCUAGCCAGUAUGUAGAUCCGGAAGAUGAAGUGGGCUUAAUAGCUGAUAAAAUCUAAUAAAUAGAAGAUUAAAAAUUAGAGGCAGAAUUCAAUAAAUAAAAACAUGAUUUCAAAAAAGCUCCAAUAGAAGAUUAUUUAGUAAAACAUACAUUAUGGCCUGAGUUAAAUAAAUUAUAUGGUCAUGGAUAUGAAAUAAAAUGUACAACAUGUAGUCAUGAUGGUUAACUAAUAGCAAGUUGCUCAAAAAGUUAAACUAAAUAACAUGCAAGUGUAAUAUUUUGGAAUCCUUAAAAUUAUUAGAUUUAUGCAAAACUUGAGUAUCAUAAUUUCACAAUAAACUAAAUGGAAUUUUCUUAAAAUGAUAGUUUUUUCGCCACUGUAUCUAAAGAUAGACAAAUAGCAGUGUUUAAAAAAAACGUUGACGAAUAAAAAAACAACCAGUUAAUAUUUAAUAAUCCAUACUCUCUUUUUUAUGAAGAUAAAUCUCAUUCUAGAAUUAUUUACUCUUUAAACUUUUCUUUUGAUGGAAAAAUAUGUUGCUACAUCAUCUAGAGAUAAAAGAUUAAAAUACAUUCUCUUGAAAAUAAAAAAGUCGUUUUUACAAAACUUUUUGAUUAAGCUCCUACUGCUGUUGCUUUUGCACCUUAAAUUAUAAAAGAAGGUGUUUAUUUUAUUGUUUUAGGAUUUGAAAAUGGAACUAUAGAAACUUUCCAAUUCGAUUCUUUAAAUUUAUAAUUGAAUUGUUUUGAAAAGGUUCACUAAAAUUUUUCACAUUCUAAUAUUGUAAAAAAUAAAAUACAAAAAAAUUCUAUUCAUUUUUUGAUUUACGUUAAUUUUCUAGUUGAUUUGUUGGAUUGA